AAGCAGCCUGUUAGCACUGAAGAAUCUCUCAGCUGCACUCAUCAGUUCGCUCGAGCCGCUGCUGCUGUCAGACGGACAUCGCAGAGCCAACUUACUCAUUCGUCGGCCAUUCGGCAUCGAUCAGGUUUGUGUCACUGAUUGGCAUGUGCGUGCAGCAGCAUGGCGAAAGAGCACUCAAUCUGUGCUUUGCUUUGCUUCGCUUUUGUGUGAGUGAGUGCAGAUCGGUCGGCGCCUUGACAGCUUGAGGAGUCAAAUGACCGACCAGCUGGUCAGCUUACUGGCGAGUGAGCACCACCAGAGGCUCACUCGUUGACGGCUGGUACAUCAAUCACACCACACCCCUCAUCCCAUCUCGGUGUUGGUGUCUGUGCUGUGCAGGUGUUUGCUCGUUGUGGUGAGUGAGUGAUUGACACAUAGCACACCACAAUGAACCAACAGGCGGCGGCUGCAGGUGAGCCGAAGGCAGGCAGCACCACCACACACAACGGCGGAUACAUCCCUGCAUGUGUGUGUGUGCGUGUGUGUGUGUCAGCCGCUCAAGGUGGCGGUUUGCUCGGCAGCGAGGCGGAAGCAGAUGAGUCGGUUAGUCACUGCAACGAAUGAAAGGCCUCCCAUUAGACAAGCGUCAGCGCUUGAUUGUGUUGCCUCAUGUGUGUGUGUGUGUGUGUGUGCAGGUUGGUGUGCUGCGCAACAUCUACGACACUCUCACUAUGCUAGAGGGACUACACUCACAGGUAGGUCUCUCUCUCUCACCUGCGGCACAAACACACCACAUCAGCCAUUCCUUCGCUAUUUGGGUGGUCUGUGUAUGUGUGUGACAGGGGCCGCUAGAGGCACUCAAUUACCUGGCGACGAAAGCCGAGGUGACGACCUGAGAGGGAUGUCUAAGUGUGACGUGUGUGAGUGAAUGCGGCAUGUGCGUGUGUGUGUGCAGGAGUCGCCCAUGAGAGCAUCUCGAAUCAAGAUGGCCAACGGGAGGGGAGGCUGUACUCCCCUGAGAGAAAUGAUAUGGGCGCAGAGGGGCUCUGUUUAGUUCGCUAUUGGUGUGUGCAUCGUAUGUCGGUGUGCUGACUGUGAGUUGCUGUGCGGUCAUCUGACACAGUGAGUGUCGAUCAUCCCUCUCUGUGUGGAGCAUCUCACAGAUAGACUGACACCAUCCACACUGAUCCUUUGACUGACUGUGUGACGUAGAGUGUAUUGACGAUUUGUCCAAGUCAAUAAGACUGCGCCCACCUCAUACUCACAAUUUGGCCCAUCUGUAUGUUCUUUUUUCCGACUGUCCGUCUGUAAGUUAUGCUUGUGAGUACAGCCCCACCCACACUGACCGAGAUGGAUGGGUGUGCAUGUAUCUCUCUCUCUGUGCCAGUGAGCGGGCUCCUGGGGCAUUGCUACGUGUGUGUGGGAAGGAGAGAGGGAUGGGAUGGGCGCAAAGGAGUCAAAGAGAGGCGUCUGUUUGGUUCGCUAUGGUGUGCAUUACUGUUGUGCAUCGUGUGUCCGUGUGCGGACUGCGCUGUGACGAGCGAACGAGCGGCGACUUUACACAGUGAGUUUUGAUUAUCGCUAUGUGCGUGCAGUGGCCGUCGAGCAUUCCACAGAAAAACACCAGAGACACGGGUGAAUGAAUGAGAUGGUACUUACGAACAUUAUUUAGAGACCGCAACAGAUAGACCGCUUGAGAAUGAAUAGACUGCGGCCCUGCCGAC